AAUAGUGAGAGUGGAUAAGAGCGGCGCUACACGCGUGAAUGAUAUAACGUUCCGUGUCAAAACAGAGCUCGCGCUCUCUAGACCUGACCAGACGCGAUGAACAGACUGAGUUGAGCUCGCGCUGUUUUGUGGUUCAGCGGUUAAGUACGUCUCCAGUCAGGCAGUUGACUGGACGAGAAGUUCCUGUGUUUUAGGCUUUUUGUUAUGGCUGAAAUAUCCGCGGAAUGCUCAAGUAUUAGUUUACAGAGGAUAGAAAAUCCGCGGACUAAAAACUGCAACAGACACGUUGGAAAUGUUGCAUUAUUCAGUGUAAUGUGACCUGGUUUAUACGCUGAGGAGCUGAUGCCCCAACUUGACAGAAACGAGGCCGAAGAUUUUAUUUACACAUUGUUUCUAAAUAGUCCUUUUAUUUGUCUAAACCCGAAGCCGGACAACAUUUGCGGAUGUUGUCAAACUUAAUCAGCAAACAGCUAGCGAGCUAGCGGUUGUCUCGACGCAGUUUACAGCAAAGUGAAGAUAAAACAGGAUUUGAGGGAAAACUGAAGAGCUGUCAUGGCAACUCGGAUUCUAAUUUAGGAGUCGGGAGAGCAACACACAAACCCUUAUGUCAGGAGGGCGAUGAUUCUGCCUUAGUGUAUUUAGAGCAAAGUUGAGGAGAGCUUUGUUCGCCAGGUACCAGUGCAAGAUCCGUUUCACCAUCUAAAUGCAUUAAGCACCAGUCAGCAGGAUUCAUUGAUAAAGUACUACAGUGUUUCCUCAGCCCUCAUCCAGUAGAAUGAAGAGAACCGAGACCAAAAACAAAAGGAAACUCUGCACCUCUGAGCAGCGGGAGAGCAGCACUGAAGGCAAAGAUGAGCAGGAGCUGCCGGCGCCUCCUCCCCUGCUAUUCAGGAAGCUAAGCAACCCCGACCUAUCUCCUGCUGCAGGAAAGACCAAACUGCAGCGGCAGCUCAGUCAGGAUGACAGCAGAGCUCGACGCAGCAGUAUGGUGGGCAUGCUUACCGGAAAGCAGCUUCUGCCUCUGUCUAGCAGCAUGCAUGGUGGAGUGAGUCAGCUUGCCUGGCAACCGCACGCAGGAGAACCCAAUAACUUGGUCCGCAUGCGGAGUCAGUCAUUUGGCCAGUCUGCCCCCUCUCUUACAGUGGGACUGAAGGAGCUGAGUCUUCCCAGAAGAGGCAGUUUCUGUCGGACGAGCAACAGGAAGAGUUUGAUAGUGACAUCCAGCACCUCUCCCACACUGCCUCGCCCCCAUUCACCACUGCACGGACUUCCAGGGAGCAGUCCAUUGGACAGUCCUCGCAACUUCUCCCCAAACACUGCUGCCCACUUCUCCUUUGUGCCAGCUCGCAGUCAUGGACACAGGGCUGACAGGACAGAUGGCCGCCGCUGGUCUCUUGCCUCACUGCCAUCCUCUGGAUAUGGAACUAAUACCCCCAGCUCAACAGUCUCGUCAUCAUGUUCAUCUCAGGAGAAGCUGCACCAGUUGCCCUUCCAGCCUACCGCAGAUGAGCUGCACUUCUUCACCAAACACUUCAGCUCAGAGAGCAUCACGGAUGAGGACGGGAGGAGAUCUCCAGCAAUGCGACCCCGCUCCCGCAGUCUCAGCCCUGGACGCUCACCUAUAUCCUUUGACCAUGAGAUCAUUAUGAUGAACCAUGUCUACAAGGAGCGUUUCCCAAAGGCUACUGCUCAGAUGGAGGAACGGCUGGCUGAAUUCAUAUCCUCUUCAACCCCUGACAAAGUCAUGCCACUAGCUGACGGCGUCCUGAGCUUCAUUCACCAUCAGGUCAUUGAACUGUCCCGUGACUGCCUGGACAAAUCCCAUGAGGGUCUCAUCACCUCCCGCUACUUCUACGAACUACAGGAGAACCUUGAGAAAUUGCACCAGGAUGCUCAUGAACGCUCAGAGAGUAUGGAGGUGACUUUUGUCACCCAGUUAGUGAAGAAGCUGAUGAUUGUCAUCGCUCGGCCUGCCCGUCUGCUAGAGUGUCUGGAGUUUGAUCCAGAGGAGUUCUACCACCUGUUAGAGGCUGCUGAGGGUCAUGCUAAAGAGGGUCAGGGCAUCAAGUCCGACAUCCCACGAUACAUCAUCAACCAGCUGGGCCUCACCAGGGACCCCCUUGAGGAAAUGGCCCAGCUGAGCAGCUAUGAUAGUUGUAAGCCUGAAACACCAGAAACCGAGGAGUCCACAGAAAGUCGAGGAGCCACCGUACAGCCACCCCAGCCCCAGCCUCAGCCCAAGCCCAAAACUAAACCCCCUCGUGAGGAGGACUUUGAGACCAUUAAACUCAUCAGUAAUGGAGCUUAUGGGGCUGUAUUUCUGGUGAGGCAUAAGGAAACCCGUCAGCGCUUUGCCAUGAAGAAGAUCAACAAGCAGAACCUGAUCCUCAGGAACCAGAUCCAGCAGGCCUUUGUGGAAAGAGACAUCCUGACAUUUGCAGAGAACCCUUUCGUUGUUAGCAUGUUCUGUUCCUUCGAGACAAGGAGACAUCUGUGCAUGGUUAUGGAGUAUGUGGAGGGUGGUGACUGUGCCACUCUGCUGAAGCACAUUGGAGCUCUGCCUGUGGACAUGGCACGCAUGUACUUUGCUGAGACAGUUCUAGCACUGGAAUACCUUCACAACUACGGCAUUGUGCACAGAGACCUCAAACCUGACAAUCUCCUGAUCACAUCAAUGGGACACAUCAAACUGACAGACUUUGGCUUGUCGAAAAUUGGUUUAAUGAGCUUAACAACUAAUCUAUAUGAAGGUCACAUUGAAAAAGACACCCGAGAAUUUCUGGACAAACAGGUGUGUGGUACUCCUGAAUACAUAGCUCCAGAAGUCAUUCUGAGGCAGGGCUAUGGUAAGCCGGUGGACUGGUGGGCAAUGGGAGUCAUUUUGUAUGAGUUUCUGGUGGGCUGUGCUCCCUUCUUUGGGGACACACCUGAGGAACUUUUUGGACAAGUCAUCAGUGACGAGAUAAUCUGGCCAGAGGGUGAUGACGCUUUACCUUCUGAUGCUCAAGAUCUCAUCUCCAAGCUACUGCGGCAAAACCCUCUGGAACGUCUGGGGACAGGGAGUGCAUUUGAGGUGAAACAGCACCGCUUCUUCACUGAUCUGGACUGGAAUGGACUUCUGAGGCAGAAGGCGGAGUUCAUUCCUCAGUUGGAGUCAGAGGAUGACACUAGCUACUUUGACACACGGUCAGAUCGGUAUCAUCAUGUGGACUCAGAGGAAGAGGAUGACACAAACGAUGAUGACCAUUUGGAGAUCCGUCAGUUCUCAUCCUGCUCACCACGAUUCAGCAAGGUGUAUAGUAGUAUGGAGCGUCUGUCCUUACAUGAAGAGAAGCGCACCCCUCCUCCCACUAAGCGUAGUCUGAGUGAAGAGGGAGGGGAGCGAAUUGACAGCCUCAGUGGCCUAAAGUCACGAGAUCGAAGCUGGCUGGUAGGCUCGCCUGAGAUCCUACGGAAGCGUCUCUCUGUUUCUGAGUCUUCUCACACAGAGAGCGACUCCAGUCCGCCUCUAACAGUGCGUCGCCGCUGUUGCUCAGCCAUCUUCGAAAUGCCUCGAUUCGCCAUCUCUAGUGAAGAGGAUGGGGGAGUGGGGGGCAGGAAGACUACUGUGAGGGGCACUCGCGGGGAAGAUCUGCCCCAGGCCAUACCAGAGCUCCCUGUAGAGAGAGAGCUGCGGCUGGAUGAAUCGCCCACCACACCAGGUUCCACAUCCAGCCAGAUCAGCCAAUCCACACUUACACCGGGAAGUUUCAGUGAUAUGUUGGAUCGGGGCUCUCCUCGCUGCGGUGUUGAAGGUUCUGAAAACUCCACUCCUAAAGCCAUCAGUGACCUGGCGGCCCGCAGAGCUCGUCACAGACUGCUGUCAGGAGACACAGAAAAACACACAUCACGCCCACUCAACAAGGUCAUCAAAUCAGCCUCAGCCACCACGCUUUCACUCAUGAUCCCUACCGAUCACCAUGGUGCCUCUCCUCUGGCCAGCCCCAUGUCCCCUCACUCUCAGUCCUCCAACCCCUCAUCACGUGACUCCUCACCAAGCCGAGAUCUGUCCCCAGCUGUCUGCAACGUUAAACCCGCCAUCGUCAUCCACCGAGCCGGCAAGAAAUAUGGCUUUACCCUGCGCGCCAUCAGGGUCUACAUGGGUGACACGGACAUUUAUACCAUGCACCACAUGGUCUGGCAUGUAGAGGACGGGGGACCUGCCCAUGAGGCUGGACUGAGAGAGGGAGAUCUUAUCACACAUGUUAACGGAGAGCCUGUCCAUGGACUUGUGCACACAGAAGUUGUAGAACUCAUCCUGAAGAGUGGCAGUAAAGUUUCUAUCUGUGCUACUCCCUUUGAGAAUACUUCCAUUAAGGUUGGCCCUGCACGCAAAACCAGCUACAAGUCCAAAAUGGCCCGGCGCAAUAAAAAAAACAAAACCAGAGAAGGACAAGACAGUAAGAAGAGGAACUCGCUGUUCCGUAAGAUCACUAAGCAGGCGACCCUUCUCCAUACAAGUCGCAGUCUGUCUUCUCUGAACCGCUCAGUUUCAUCUGGGGAGAGUGUUCCGGGGUCUCCCACACACAUGUCACCUCGUUCACCGACACAGGGCUGUCGUUCCACACCUGACUCUGCCCACUCAGUUGGUGGGAACUCAUCACAGAGUAGCUCUCCCAGCUCUAGUGUGCCAAACUCUCCUGCCAGUUCUGGUCAGAUCAGACCCAGCUCCUUGCAUGGUCUGGCCCCCAAACUGCAGCGCCAGUACCGCUCCCCCCGCCGCAAGUCCGCAGGCAACAUCCCUUUAUCCCCACUGGCUCGCACACCAUCCCCAACCCCUCAGAGUACUUCCCCCCAGCGCUCUCCUUCACCUCUGCCAAGUCACGCACUCAUCGCUUCUUCAAUAGGCCAGUCCUUCCCUGUAAAACUCCAUUCUUCGCCUCCGCUAGUACGACAAAUAUCCCGGCCGAAGAGUGCAGACCCUCCUCGCUCGCCUCUUCUCAAACGCGUCCAGUCGGCUGAGAAACUUGCAUCCUCUCUUUCUUCGUCAUCUUCUUCUCCCUCUCCUUCCUCUACUGCUGAUAAAAAGCUGCCAGUUGGUGCCAGCCGCAAACACAGUCUUGAUACCUCACAUUCUGAGUUUAAAAAGGAGAUGCUGCAGCGAGAUCCUAGCCUACAGAGCCUGCAGGAGUCCGCCAGUGAAACUUUACUGGGAGGGCGAGUGUCUCCUGCAGAAAAGGGCAGCCUGCAUAAGAGUUCAGUUCGCAAACUGGGCCGGCAAGAUUGUCCUGAGUCUGGAACUGGAAGUCUGGGACUUGUUCCUGGGAAGAGUAAACUGAAAGACAAGCUGUCUGCCAUACGCCAGGAUCGUGCUGAGCGUCGUGAGUCUCUUCAGAAGCAGGAUGCUAUCCAUGAGGUGGAUUCCUCAGAGGAUGAGACAGACGAAGGCUCAGAAGACAGCCAGGAUGGACGCAGGACAAGCUACAUUCCUCCUAGCCAUGUCCUGCGGCCCAGUACUGUAAUAGCCUCCCCUCUUACGAUCAGGAUGGGACCAGCAGCUCCACCAACACUGGGCUUGAUACUCUCCACAGUUGCACCCUCAAUCUCACCUCAGCCCAGCCGAGGACUGCAGGUACAAAGCCAAAUUACCACUCAAACUUCAACCUCAGCACCAAUGCAAGCUGCAGCCAAGGCCCCAGAUAAGAAUCUCACAAAACCUGUAAAAAAUACUGCGACCCAUGACUCCAGUUCAACACUAGCUGAAGACUCAAAGGGAGAGUUAUGUCCACAAGACUCUCAAUCCAGUGUUAGAGCAUCUGCACCUCAGCCUAGCCCUCUGUCCACCACCUUCUCAACCCCCGGCAGCGCCUUUACCUCUGUUAACAAAGACCCAUUCGUCAAACCUGCCACACCUCCUCUGCAUCAGAGGACCCCCAAAACUUCUGAGUCCAAGUCCAAAACAAGUAGCCCUGCUUCAUUGGUAGAUAGGGAUACCCCUGUUGCUACCACACCAACUGGAGGCAUCACCAAGGAAAUGAAGGAGGCUGACAACCGCAGGCAGGCUGCAGCUGCGGCCGCCACUGCUACACCCUCUGCAUUUACUGCUUCUGAGAGCAGAAUGGACAAAGUUGUAUCUCAACUAGCCACUGUUGCAAAGAGUGUGUUGGUCCCUGUUAAACUCAACAUCCCAGGAAAUAAAGAGGUUUCGGAGUGGACAAAGGACCAGCGUCCCAGUCAGUCAGUUGCCACCCACCCAAAGAUAAAAGAGUGUCGUCUUGAAUAUCCUGAUUCUCCUGACUGUUCGAGUCAAUCUGCUGGUUCUGGCUCUCUGCGAUUGUCUAAAUCACCCUCUAAACAAACACCAUCCAAACCAGAGGCAGCCUCAACUCCUCAAAGGUCUGUAGAGGUUCCUGGGUCUUCCAAAAUACCUGCUCCAAACUCCCAAGCUGGGGAAGAGCAACAGGCAACUCUGCGAAGCAGCACUACACCAAGGUCUAGGUCCGAACCUCAGUCACAGGCCCAGUCACAGCCCAGUUCCAAUUUGUCACAAGACAAAUCAAACAAGCCAACGUAGCAAAAAAAAAAUCUAUUUUCUCCAGCUUUAACUAAUUUAGCUUGACUAUUAGCGGACAAGUACAAAAGGCAGUUUCAUGUCAGUAUCCCAGUGAAAAGAUUGUGGAAAGAUAGGGGGGUAAGAGAUAUGAGGUGUUUACAGAUGAAUCCAACAGCUUAAUUUCAGUAUAUUUUAUGCGCUGCCAUUUACAAAAUAAUUCAGGCUGUGUAAUUGCUUUACUUUUCUUGUGACUCCUUUUAAGCAUUUUUUUUUCUGUCGCUAGAAAAUCUAUUGAAAUACAUGGUUCUGUGCCCUAAGAGACCAUGCUUGCAUACAGUAUAUUACCUUUUCAUAUUAUCUCUGUAUUACUUCAAAGAUCAUCUCUGUAGUCGGUAUAGAGGUGCUUUAAAGCACCACCUCAAAAUAUUACUCGUCUGUCUCUGUGCUAUUCAUCUUUGGAAGAAGACAUUGCAGCAAUAAGAGUAGCGUAUGAUGAGCAAUUUUUACAAACACAAAAAGUUAAUAUCAUUGCACCCAUAGGAUUUAAAGAAAAAACAAACAAAAAUUUCCACCCCUCUCACUUGCACUUGUGCCGGUUUUUAGUUGUAACAACUGAAUGUCUAUAAAAAUCCCUCUCAAGGGACAUCCAUCAGUAAUGUUGUAACGGAAAUGGAAAAUUGGAUUUACAAAGUGGUAGAAUGAUUGCUAUAAUUUGCAUGAAUUGGACCCUAAAGAGCAAGUAAUUUGCACAAUAUUUCUAGAUCAUAUGUUUGGUUUUAUCCUUUUGUUUUCAGGGGGGUCAGCAGUUUUAGAAAUGUCAAGCGGACCAUUGUUUUUACUUCGCAUAUUUUUUUUUCACUCAUUUUAAUAUCUGGACCAAUUUGCUGUUGUCUCUGUUUAUUGGUUUACCUCUGUUUUUAAAUGCAGACUUGUACCUGGAGUGUGUGUUUGUGUGCCUGUGUACAGAAAAUCUUGAGUGUUUGUUUGUGUGGGAUCUUACAAUAUAUAAUGGAUAUUUAAAAAAAGUCUGUUCUUUGUUAGAUUUAUGGCUUGGGAGUGUGUUUUUGAUUAGUGUCCUAUCUUUGCCAUAGCAGCUAUAUCUGAUACAGACCUUUACCAGGCAAAGAUGUAUUUGCACAAACUCUUUUUAUUUUGUGUGUCAUUUAUAUGAAAACCAAUAAAUACAGAAUCCAAUUAGAUCCCAGGCUUGGUUGGGGUCUUGAGGGGUUUGACCAGUAAGUAGACUGUGGUACCUUGUCAUAUUAUAUUGACAUAAUGAUUUGUUAACACCAUAAUGUAUUUAGAGUGAGUUAAGCAUAACCUGCUCUUGUGGAACCUAUCAAGCUUAUUUGUAUUUUCCCUGUAUUUCACAUUUCUAAUGAAAUUACACAAAGGUAUGUAUUGUGUUUCCACUAACUUUACCACCAAUUUGUGCUCAAUGCAUAGUUUACCACAUGCCCCUGUUAGAAAAGAGAUCUUGUUGCUCAGAAGAAGUAUUGCUAUUUCCUACAUAUGAUCCUGCCUAUGUGGAAAAUUUCUAGUGAUGUUAGUCUGUAUGACUGAGUCACAUGAUGAUGUACAUAUGUACAGUUGUGAUAUAACUUUACUCAUGUUUUGUCCAUAUGAAAUGUAAAUGGAUGUCUUUGGAAACCCAAAGGAAUGGAGCUGUUGAUAGCACUGCUGCCUGAAGCUUAAUUUCUAAUGACCCUAAUUAACCUGGGCACAUGAGCAGUGAGACAAUGCACUUGUAAGGAGAAGGGCAUUUUGUUGAAGUUUGAAAUGCAUUUAUGGGCAAUCAGGUUUAAAAUAGUGUUUGCACUGUUGCGUCUAGAGAAAAUUGAUUGAUCUUACACCGCAGUGACCAAGGCAGAAAUGCUCACUGUUGGAAUCCUUAUAAAGAAAACCAAAUCAUGAUGUCCUCAAGAGAUGUCCUACUGUACAACUAAAUCACACUCUAUAUGUAACAUUCUCAUACUUAGAUUUAAAGCUUAGUCUCAGAGCUACAGAGAACUUGAAAAGCUCAAUAUUAACUGCAUUUCUAGGGCUUAUAGGACCUGCUCUUUUAUGUUGACAUAUGUUAUAACUUGAGAGAUGAUUUGUUAAUGGCACACUUUUGUAUUUUGUUUAAAUGUGCCCAAGCAUAUAUUUUAGUUUAGAUAAUGGCAGACCACUAGUGAUUACUUAUUUGGCUGUGCUGUAUUACAGAUUUUACAGUGUUAAAGGCAUAGUUCUCCCAAAAAUAUCAAUUCUGUCAUCAUUUACUCACCCUAAUGUUGUUCCAGACUCUUUGGAAUUUCUUUCUUCCAUGGAACACUAAAGGGGAUGUUAGGCAGAAUGUUAGCCUCAGUCACCCUUUACUUUGUUUACAUACAACAAAAAUGAAUGGUAACUAAGGUAAAUAAUGACAGAAUUAAAAUUUGGGGGUGAACUAUUCCUUCAACACUUGAAACUCUGUCACAUACUUUGUCUGCAGUUUAAUUUACACAAUGACAAGUCUAGUGUUCGCUUUCCCCCCCUUCCCAAUGAAGUCUGAUUAUAAACUACAUUCUAUCCACUGUGCUUUAAAAAAAAAAAGUGUUGUAAUUUUGAAUUUGUGAACGCAUUGAAUCCAUCUCUGCUCCCUUUUUACCAAAGUCACUAGCUGCUGUGGGCUAUGAAAGUGAGAGCUAACUGCCUUCUCACUUACAUGAUGUAAAUGAUAAUGAUGCUUGGGCUAUUUGUUGAGGUGAAGUCAGGUGUCAGAGCACCUGAGGUGGUCAUCCAUCAAUGUACCGCAGCCACAUGGCACCAUACACGCACUAGUGAAAUGUAAUCUCACACACUUUCUAAAGCAAAUUCACCAGCCAUCUCUCACCUCUGGCAUAGCUCAGCUCUUUAAGAAAACCUUUGGAGCACACAUACAAACACUACUUACAUCUACCCAUUAUUAAUAUACAUGUACACUGAUCAACCACUAAGUUCAACCACUGCCCUCCCCAAAAGUGUGUGCAUGUCAGAUCCAAAUAGUAGCUCAGAUGGCUCACUUUUAUGUAAAUAUUAAUUAUUCUGAGUGUUUACUUUAAAAAGAACAGAAGCUAAUUGGUGCAAUGGUAACUGCCUUAGACAUGACGCAUAGCUGAAAUUGGACAAUGCAUAGAUAUUAUGUGUAUUCUAUGAGCUAACACUCCCGUAAAGUUGUGAGUGAGUCAGUGGUGAUACUAUGUUGUUGUGGAUAUAGGACACUGUCCAUGUGUCCAUCAUGUUGUCUUCUAAGGCUUAAGGAGAUGUGAUGUGGUUGUAUAGGGACAAGUGAGUAGAAAUGGGCAAAGAAAAAAAAAACUGCUUGAGUUGAAUCAGUGCAAUAUCUUAAAAUUUUAUAUUGUGGUAUAAGACGCAUGUUUGUUGUCAAUCCUUCCUUAUGAAUAAUAAAGAUUUUUUUU